UAUCAAAUCAACAUUCCGCUGCGUUUUCUUCGUCGGAGAAGCUUCGAAGAGGUCCAGUUCGUCUUCGCACAGUCUCAAACGGCCUUUUCUUGGAGCCUUCUUCAAUCAAGUGGUCAUCAGAGCACCAAGUUGUGUCCACGCUUCAAAAUGUAUCAGUUUUUGUGGUCGGGAUGGAACAAAACGAAUCCCUAACCCUGACCGCUGAAGCAGAGAUCACUAAAGACCAAGCUAUGCCUGAUUCCGACGAGAAAAUGGAGGAANACCAACCCCUGACCGCAGAUGAUGAGCACCACAANGACAAAGCCAUGUCUGAUUCCGAUGAUUCUGAUUCAGAGGACGAAGCUCAGCAGAAUCUCUUACUUGAAUCUCUCCAGACCGAGCUUGCUGCUAACCCCUCUAAUUAUGANGGUCAUUUGCAAUAUAUAAAGCUUCUGAGGAGAGCCGGUGAUGUUAAUAAACUGAUAAGAGCCAGGGAAGUUAUGAGUGAACUUUUUCCGUUGAGCCCUGAAAUGUGGCACCAAUGGAUCAAAGAUGAGCUUUCUCUCAGCACUGCUUCUCGGCCCGAGUCUUUCUCUAGAAUUCUGAAGCUUUACGAACGAGGGGUGUUUGAUUAUCUGUCUAUCUCUCUUUGGUGUGACUACAUUAACUUUGUCCAAGAGUUUGAUCCAAUGGUACGNCAAUGUACACCUACUGGUAUUUCCAAGGUGAGNGAUCUGUUUGAGAGUGCCCUGACUGCAGCUGGUUUGCAUGUUGCUGAAGGUAGUAAAAUAUGGGAAGCAUACAGGCAAUACGAGCAGGCUAUACUUUUAACCAUAGAUGAUACUGAUGCACAGGCCAAAGAAAAGCAAGUUCAUCGUAUUCGUAGUUUAUUUCACCGCCAGUUCUCUGUUCCCCUUGCUGACAUGAGUUCAACACUUGCUGCCUAUAAGGCUUGGGAGGCAGAACAGAGAAAUCUUGAAGAUGUUGAAACCAUCGACUUGGUUGAUAUUUAUCCUCAUGUUGCAUCUUCAUACCAAAAGGCCUUGGAGAUGUACAAUGCUCGUUUUCAUCUUGAAGAACAGAUUUUGAGCCUGAAUGUUUCUGAUUCAGAAAAACUGCAACACUACAUGAUAUUUGUAUUGCAGAACUAUUUGAAAUUUGAGCAAUCACAUGGAAUGCCAGCCAGAGUUCAAGUUCUAUAUGAACGAGCUAUUACUGAUUUUCCUAUAUCACUUGAUCUCUGGCUUGAUUAUACUCGCUAUUUGGACAACACUUUGAAGGUUGGUAAUAUUGUCAGCAAUGUUUAUUCCAGGGCAACUAAGAACUGCCCUUGGGUUGGAGAACUUUGGAUUCGAUAUAUGCUUUCCUUGGAGCGUGGUCAUACUUCUGAGAAAGACUUGUCUGAAGUAUGUUCUGGAUGAAAAUUAAAUAUUUGAAAUCAAAUUCAUGUUUCUUUGAUCCCCAAUAGGUUGAAUGGUUUAUUAAUGAGUAAAUAAUAUUGUUUCUGGUUUAUUAAGGACUAAGGCAAGUUCUUGAUAAAAAAAUAUGCUCUUGUCUUGCUAAUACUCCCUGAUUGAUUUUGAGUGUUAUUCUAUCCCAAUAGUUAA